AUGAUAGUUCUCCGCAAACUCCAACUGCUCCUUCUUAUAUUUUUGAUCAACUUGAAUUAUGUGAAUUGCUACGAUUUUCUGGUGUUCUGCCCACUUUUCGCCCACUCGCACACCACGUUUUUUGCGCAGAUUGCCGACGCGUUGACUGAUGCUGGACAUAAUGUGGUGGGUUUUUUGGGGGGAGGGCUUGAAUUUUUCGCUGAAAAUUAGGAGUUUUUUGAUUCUCAGCGGGAAAUUUUGAUCUAGAAACAUUUUGGGAAUCUAAUUUGAGCUUCAUUUAGGGUCGAAAUUUUGAAAAUUUAUUUUUAGAAUCUAAAAUUCAAAGAAUUUUGAUUUCAAAUUAACAAAAUGAAAUUUGUUAUAGAAGCGUGGCAGAAAUUCAAAAAUCUAGAAAUGAAAAAUAACAUUUAAUUUCAAAAAAAAAAAUUAAACGUGACCCAGGGAAUUCAUUUUCCAUUUUCAAGAAAAAAAAUCAUUUCAAUUUUUUUGCUGCCGCUAAAAUUAGCCACGUUGAAAAUUUCAGUCAGAAAAUUUUGGUUUCAAAUUAUCAAAAUGUAAUUUGUUAUAGAUUUUCACGUGGCAGGAAGUCAAAAAAGCUGAAAAUGAAAAAUUUAAUUUCAAAAAAAAAAUUUCCCAUUUUCAAGAAAAAAAUCAUUUCAACUUUAUUUCCUGCCGCUAAAAUUAGCCACGUUGAAAAUUUCAAAAAAAUUUUCAAUUUUCAGAAAAAUUUGGUUUUAAAUUAACGAAAUCAAAUUUGUAGAUUUCCACGUGGCAGAAAUUCAAAAAAUCUGAAAAUGAAAAAUUUAAUUUCAAAAAAAAAAAUUAAACGUGACCCAGGGAAUUCAUUUUCCAUUUUCAAGAAAAAAUCAAAUUUUCAGACAUUUUUCACCCCAACAAUUGUGCGAAAAUACGAAACUGUGAAUUAUGUGAAAUCGACAAAAAAUGUGGUUAAACUUGAGGUAAGUAAAGGUAACAUGAGCAAUGCUAAAAACAAUUUAUUUGCAAAAAAUAACAGCUCUCAAAUUCUUAUCAAAAAUCACCAAAGUAUAGGGCAUACUAAAAGUCAACAAAUCCGAAACACACAUCAACAUAUUCGUUUUCAUCGUGUUGCUCAUAUUAGGAAAAAUGAUUCCAACACUGAGUUCCCAGAAAAUCACCAUCAUGUAGAUCAAACUAUUGGCCGCUAUAAUUAUAGUCAUUCGUUUUUUGAUUUUCUCCGAAGCCAAGCUUCUUUUAGAUAUUAGGGUUUUGAGUUCUUUUAGCGUUAAAAAUCCUAAAAUAGUUAUUAGAUCGAAAUAGAUUACUGUAGAAAUAACCAGAUAACAACAAUAGAUGAAAAAUUCUGAUUCGGGAGUUUUUGCGUCGAUGAAAUAUUUGACUGUUUCAUUGUAAACUAGGGGAUAAAAUGUGAAUUUCAGGGGUAAAUUAAUAAUUAUUGAAUAGAAAAUAAUGCCCAAGUACACAAAAAUAUACCAAUUCCCCCAGAAUUUGUUGGCGUUUUCGAAUUUGAGAAGACUGUAGCGAUAGAUACAAAGAAUAAUUAUACUGACACUUUGAGUUUGGAAGAAAAAAUUGGUCGAAAAUGCGAGAUAAUCAAAAACCCAGGGUUGAUUAUAGUAGAGGCUUGCCAAAAUUUGGCCCGUGUCAGGUCUUUGGGCAAGUCGGAAAAUCCAGGAAUUCAAAUAGCACGCCAGAUUUAGGGCCAUAUCGCAUUGCACAAUUUUGUAGAAUGAGGAAUUUUUGAAUUUUGAAUUUCGGCCAAAUAGAAUAACGAGGAAUAACAUGAGCAAUGUGGAAAAUGCGCCAUAGUAGAGCCAAAUGUGCAAAAGGAGGUGCAUUUUGAGGGGGAAAUGAUGAUUUUUUGAGCUUGAAAAUUUGCCAGUAAUUAUAGGGCUUUUGCUCGUACCUGGAAAUGUGUGUCAGACUUUUGAUCUUUGAAUUUUCGAAGAAUUUUUUGAGUUACUGAAGUUUUGAACUUUUUGAACCCUCAUUAUUGCUCAUACCAGAUUUAUUUUUUGGAAAAUUGUGAUUUGAAAAAAAAUCUUCAGUGGGAUUAACAUGAAUAAUGCUCAACAAAAAAGUUUUAAUUUUAUUUUUGGAAUUUGAAUUUACAGUAAUAGUUGCAGUUCUUUACUAUACAGCUAAAAUUCUGGAAGAUUAACCUGAGCAAUGCUUCCAAAUUGUCUAUUAAAAAUUUUGAUCUACAGUAAUCUUUGUAGUUCUAGAUCUAUGUUUUUCUGCAAAUUAAAAAUGUUAGAAAAAUCUUAAACUACUUUAAUUUGAAAAAAAAAUUACAAAAAUCAACCUAAAUUCAUUUUGCAGGCUCCUGACGAGCUCGCCGAGCUUGGCAUCAAACUCGACUCCAAUGACAUCACAAAAUUCUGGACCCGCGAUUCAGAUGUCACUGAAAUUCUUCCAGUAAACUCCACACUUUUUGCUUAAAAUUCCCAAAAAUUUUUAUUUUCAGAUGAUCGAUUUGUUCCAAUCCAUGUACAAAUUGCAAUCCGAAGUUUUAUACAAAAAUUUGGAUUUUUUGGAAAAUCUGAAAAAUCGAACAAAAUUCGAUGCAAUUAUCUAUGAGACUUUUGUCUUUUCAGCUUAUCGUGAGUUCUGCUAACUUUCUGUGAAAUUAAAUGGAUUUUUUCAGCACUCAUGGAAUUCCUGGAGAUCAAAACCAGGCUCCCAGCAAUCUCACUAACUUAUGAUGUUGCAACAGCAAGAGUUAUGGGAGAAACUAUAAUGCCAAGUGUGGUUCCAGGUAGGUUGUCAAUCAAUUGAUUUCUGACGAGUGAGCUAUGACGUGGCAAUUUUAGAAAUGAUGUCACCAUUUUCGGAUAAAAUGAGUCUUCUGGAACGGAUUCUCAAUACGGCUUUGAGUCCAAUUAUUCAAAAAUAUGUGGGAGUUCCGGAAUAUUUGUCGUAUUCUAAACCUCGGAAACCGGUGGAUUAUUUGGUGAGGAAUUAGGAAAAAUUUGGAAUUUUCAGAAGUUCUAGGGAAGUUCAGAUUCCAUGACAUUUUUUUUCAAAAUUUAUCCACUUGGAUUUUCUCGCAUAACUUUUUGAAUCAAUAAAAUUCAGAUUUUGGACUUGAAUUUCACAAAAAUAAACUCGGUCAAUUUAAGGCCUAGCCUAGGCUCAUCUAGGCUUGAUUUAGGCUCAGCCAAUUAAAUAGGCCUGAUCAAUUUCUAAACUUCUGAUUUUCUGUUUUUCAAUGUUUUCUUUUUGAAAAACAAUUUUUUAGAGCAGUUCAGUUCAAAUCUGAAAUUCUGAAAUACAGCCACGUGGAUUUUCUCGCAUACAUUUUUGAAUCAAUAAAAUUCAGAUUCUGGACUUGGAAGUUUUAUAAAUCCAAGCUUAUCUAGGCUCAAUUUAGGCUCAGCCAAUUUAAUAGGCCUGAUCAAUUCUAAACUUCUGAACUUCUGAAUUGAAGUUUGUCUCAGAAUCUUGAUCUUGAUUUUUAGAGUUUUUAUUUAAAAAUUAUAUCUGGACAUCGAAAUUCUCAAACCCCUAUUCUUUCAGAGUCUAAUUCCCAAAUCACCCUUCCUCCUCAUCAACUCCAAUCCCUACAUCGAUUUCCCCCGUCCAACAAUCACAAAAACCGUCCAAAUCGGCGGAAUCUCUGUAAACCUCAAAAAACUGCGCGCCGAAAAAAUCUCCGAAAAAUGGUCGGACAUCUUGAACCUUCGUCCAAAAACCAUGCUCAUCUCAUUCGGCUCACUUCAACAACUCAGAGAAAGUAUGGCUUGA